UGGGGAGUUUUUUUUCACUCUCACCGUCUCCCUCCACCUCACUGAUUCCUAAAAUCCGAAAGCAAGCAAUCCAAAUUCCAAACGCCGAAACUUCUCUCUGAUUUCUUACCAGCUUCUUAUUUUCUUCAUUAUUAAGCGGUUUCCAUUUCUGGUUUUUGCUUGCCUUCCAUUUUUCUUCUGCUUCUUGAUGAGUUAGUGGCCACUCUAUGAGCUCCGGGAGCUUCACCAAUGGGUUGCGUUCUUGGCAGACAAGUCGCCGACGGUCGCCGGGGCGCAUCCGGACCUCACCGUAGCCACCGGACCACCGAUCACCAGUCUCGUGCCGAUGGAGUUAAUGGCGAUAGAGAUAAGAAACAGGUGACUUCGGCGGAGAAGCAGGGAGUUCGGCAGGACGUGGAUUCAUUGUCCAUUGAGCGCCGGAGACCUGCGCCGGGGCUUUGCCAGAGGAAUGAGCAAGGUUGGCCGUCGUGGCUGCUGGAGGUCGCCGGCGAGGUGAUUCAAGGCUGGACACCUCGUCGAGCCAAUACAUUUGAGAAGCUCGCCAAGAUAGGGCAAGGGACGUAUAGCAAUGUGUACAAGGCGAUGGAUCUUAUUACUGGAAAAAUUGUUGCUCUGAAGAAGGUUAGGUUUGAUAAUUUAGAGCCGGAGAGCGUAAGAUUUAUGGCCAGAGAGAUUCUGGUCUUGAAACGCCUCGAUCAUCCCAAUGUGCUUAAGCUGGAAGGAUUGGUUACUUCGAGAAUGUCUUGUAGUCUUUACUUAGUCUUCGAGUAUAUGGAACACGACCUCGCCGGACUUUCUGCCGGUCAAGGAGUCAAGUUCACAGAACCUCAGGUCAAAUGCUAUAUGAAGCAACUAUUGUCUGGGCUUGAGCACUGCCACAACCGAGGUGUUUUGCAUCGUGAUAUAAAGGGCUCCAAUUUGCUAAUUGAUAAUGAAGGAAUACUGAAAAUAGCUGAUUUUGGGUUAGCUACUUUUUUUGAUCCUGAGCAGAAGCAGCAUAUGACUAGCCGAGUAGUAACGCUUUGGUACCGUCCGCCGGAACUAUUGCUUGGGGCUACUGUUUAUGGUAUUGGGGUUGAUCUUUGGAGUGCUGGCUGCAUCUUGGCUGAGCUGCUUGCUGGGAGGCCAAUCAUGCCAGGAAGGACAGAGGUUGAACAACUCCAUAAGAUAUUUAAAUUAUGUGGUUCUCCAUCUGAAGAUUACUGGAAGAAGUAUAGAUUGCCAAAUGCAACUCUGUUCAAACCCCAACAACCGUACAAACGCUGCAUUGCGGAAACGUUCAAGGAUUUUCCAUCUUCUUCUCUACCUCUUAUUGAAUCUCUCCUUUCAAUGGACCCCGAUGGGCGAGGUACUGCCACUGCUGCUCUGAAUAGCGAAUUCUUUUCUAUUGAGCCGCUUGCUUGUGAACCAUCAAGUCUACCGAAAUAUCCUCCUAGCAAAGAAUUGGAUGUAAAGUUGAGAGAUGAGGAAGCCAGAAGGCAAAGAGGUCUAAGUGGGAAAGCAACAGCUGUUGAUGGUGGAGGCAGGAGAGUAAAAGUACGGGAUCGGGUUGGUCGGGCUAUCCCGGCUCCUGAAGCUAAUGCAGAGAUUCAAACAAACUUAGAUAGGUGGAGAAAUGUGACAAAAGCAAAUGGUAAGAGCAAAAGCGAGAAGUUUCCCCCACCUCAUCAAGAUGGGGCAGUGGGGUACCCGCCACACGAGACGUCUGAGAAAGGCCAUUUUUCAUUUGGGGCAGCUGAUACAUCAUUCGGCUCUUCCAUUUUUAGUUCCAAGUCUGGAUCUGUUACAAGUUCAGGAGCUCCCGGGGGACCUUCCCGGAGGAAGAAAGCCGAUAAAGAUAACCCCUCGGUGUCUUCGUCUCGAAAAUUAAUCCGUGCACUCAAGCCAUCAAUUGGGUUAUCAAUGGAUCUGUUGUUUAGGGGUAAAUAAAAUAAAGAUACAUAUCUUGAGUUUUUGAGAUGCCAUAUCUGAAAUAGAGAAGAAUACACAUAAAAAUGGUUUAUUCCUUCACUUCAAAGUUUAAGUUCUUCCCCAUCUCAGCUUGGUACAUAAUCUACACAGUAGAAGUAGUAGAAGCCUGAGGAGAUUUCUGUAUAUUCUGCAAGAUGGGGUUUUCUCCAAAUGCCAUCAUUUUGCCGUGUCUUCCAUAAAAUGUCAUAACUUUUAUUAUUUUUGGGAAGCAUGCACUGCUUCUUAUGGACAUUGGAAAUGACAUUCUUUUGAGAAAUCAAGAGAAACUUUUGACCCUAA